AUGUCUGGACGUGGUAAAGGCGGCAAAGGGCUCGGGAAAGGCGGCGCUAAGCGACACCGCAAGGUCCUGCGAGACAACAUCCAGGGCAUCACCAAGCCCGCCAUCCGGCGCUUGGCUCGGCGCGGCGGCGUCAAGCGCAUCUCGGGGCUCAUCUACGAGGAGACUCGCGGUGUUCUCAAAGUGUUUCUGGAGAACGUGAUCCGCGACGCCGUCACCUACACCGAGCACGCCAAGCGCAAGACGGUCACGGCCAUGGACGUGGUCUACGCGCUCAAGCGCCAGGGCCGCACUCUUUAUGGCUUCGGCGGCUGAGCGCGUCCACCGGCUCUAGGCCUUCCCUGGUCGCUUGCAUCACCACCCCUAACCCAAAGGCCCUUUUCAGGGCCCCCAAAGCAUCAGAAAGGAGCUGGGGCGACUUAAUCGGGAUGGGAGGGAGGUUACCUUAAGGAGGCUGGGUCGCUUAGGGAUUACCAAUGCGGCUUGCAUUGUUGUACAUGCAAAUCAGGCUGCGUGGGAGCACGUUCUCAUUGGACCGGUGGGCCUCGUGGCUCCGCCCCCCGGCUGGGGAACGUGAUCAGUAAGCUUGCUGAGUGCUGUUGGUCUGCGUGAAUGAUUUUUCUUUGCUUGUUUCUGGGGGCCAGGCCGAAAGCUGGCUCGGUGGCAGCGUCCCGCUCUGCGACUCUAGACCUGAGAAGUGGUGGUCGCUCACCAGAGGGAAAAGUCUGAAGAUCCACGUUCCGUAAGGGCAGCGAGAAUGAGGAGUGGGGCGGAAGCUUGGGACCCCAAGUUAAAGUGACCCUGUAGCGUAAACUCGGCUUUGUUAGCUGUAGCCAUUUCCCUGCCUUAACGAUGUGCCUUUGGCAAGGGAGGGCUCGGGGUCGUACUUUAGGUCAGGCUGGUCAGCUUCCCGAGUUCGGAUUCCACGGACCUGGCUGUAAGUCUCAUUUUAAGAAUGUCCUUAAGUCUCCAGAGAGGAGGGAUUAAAAAAACCCUGCUACUCUUAACAGAAGUCCUGGGUUGAUUUCUCAGCACCCAAGUGGGUUAGCUCAGUCACCUGUAACUGCAGCUUCAGAGCAUCAAGAUGCCUUUGGCAUCCUUGGGCACCUGGACUCAGGUCUGCGUACCCACUCUCUCCAUACCCAUAACUGAGAAACUAACUUUUUUUCAGUGCCGUAGUUUUUUGACAUUUGAAGUUCAUCAGUCUUCUCUCUGGCUGAGGAAUAGGAGACAUUCUUGGGCUUCCCUCAGCAGGAACCUGGCAUUUCAUUAGGAAUGAUUAUCUCGUAUGAAAAGCUGUCUGUGGCGGGCACUUUGUGCCAUCUUUCAGCAGAUUUAAGUAUUGUUAAAGACCACUUUAUAGCUGUGGACGGGACAACGAAGAAUUAAAAACUUGGAGCUUGGAUUUUAACUCGGCCGUGUGCGACUUUACACAGCUUCAUUUUAUGUGCCCCUGGUUUUACCGGUCAGGCUCCCCUGUCUGUCUCUGUCGCUGACUUUUCACUCUAGCCUUCUGAGCAUAUAACGGUGGUGUUAAUUUCAGAGGACGUUAGUCUAACGAACUCAUUUCCUGUAAGCAACUGAAAAACUGAGUUACUUAUUUUUGUCUUUAGAAAUAUUUUCAGUUACAGCUAUUUGGUUUUAUAUUUUCAAAAUCUCUCAUUUUUCUUUUUGUCCAGUGCGGUAUUUUCAUGUUUAUCACCCCCAUUUUAACAAGUAUAUUUUGAUUGAGAAAAUGUAUCAAAUAUCUAAAUCUAUUACGAGCAAAGAAAAUGAAAUUUAAGCGCCAUUUAAUGUUACACAAAUAACAAAAAAUCAUAUUGAUGCAAUCACUGUGGAAAUCAGGAUGGAAGUUUCUCAAAAAGCUUAAACUAGAACUGCCAUAUAAUCCUCUGUCCCAUUCGUGUUUGUACAUAAAAAAUUCUUAGUCACCAUACCCAUCAUACAUGGGUAUCUACAUUCAUUGCUGCUUUAGUCCCAAUAGCCAGGAAAUGGAACCAACCAGUGUGUCCAUCCCCAGAUGAAUGGAUGAAGAAAUUAUGGUACGCACAUCCAAUGAGUUUUACUUAGUGGUAAAGAAAAAUGAAAUCUUGAUGUUGACAGGAAGAUGAGUAAACAGGAAAUCAGUCUGUUAAGAAAAAUCAGACUGUGAAAGAAAAACUCGUUUUCUUCAAUGUGGAGUUGACGUGUGUGUGUGUGUGUGUGUGUGUGUGUGUGUGUGUGUGUGUGUGAAUUGUGUGUGUGUAGGUCAUAAAGCUAGAAAGAGGAAGGAUUGGGGGGGGGGGCGAUGAAAUACACAUGACCUGAAAGCAAAAGCCAGUUGACUAAGUGUGGGAAAGAAGAAAAUGAGCCAGGCGCAAGGCAGGGAGAGACGGAGGUCAAUUCUACUGCAGAACCAAGUAUUGUGACUUGUGUGAAAACACUGUAAUGAGGUGCAUUAUUAACACUUAUUACAUCUGUCACCUUUCAUUCAUGAUAGUAGUCUUUUCUGUGCUUGGUCAAAAACCAUAGCCAUAUAAUGCUCAGUAUUAAAAAAAAUAGCCAGCACUUACUCUGGAGGCAUAGGCAGGUGGAUCUCUGUGAGUUUGAGGUCAGCCUGGUCUGUAGAGUGAGUCCCAGGACAGCCAAGGUUACACAGAGAAUCCCUGUCUCAAAAAACCAUUUAAAAAAAAAAAAAAAAAAGGAAAAGAAAGAAGUUGAAUAUUAAUUAAAGAGCCUGCAUAUUCAUGAGGCACUCUAUCUCAGAAGCAGUCAACUUUCAGACACACUUCAUGUGAGGGAAAAGGUGGUAAUGUGCUGUGGUAGUGUGGAGAUUUGGUGGCAGUCUCUGAUUUUACUAUGUCUGAUCAUUUUAAGAAUGAGUCAUGGGCUCAAGAGAUGGCGCAGUGGUUAGGAACACUGGCUGCUCUUCUGAAGGCCAAAGUUUGGUUCUCAUCUCCCACAUCAGACUCCUUACAGCUGCCUGUGACUCCAACUCCAGGGGGAUCCGAUGCCUCUCAUCUCCAAGAGCACCUGUAUUCAUAUUCUCAUACACACACACACACACACACACACACACACACACACACACACACACAGAAUGAAUCCACAUGACAGACUGGGCAUUUCAGUUCAGUACCAGGCCUUAAAGUGAUGCUUUCAUGUAAUAAGGCUUAGGAGUGUCCUACACCCGCAGCUGUGAUAAUACCCUGACCACAAAGCAACUUAGGGGAGAAAGGGUUUAUUGGGCUGACAAUCCCAGGGUACAGUCCGUUAUUGCAGGGAAAAAUUAAGACAAGAGUGUAAAGCACUAGUAUUCAGCCAGCUUUUUGUACUCUUCUCGGCCUAUGAAAUGGUGUCACCCACACUCACCCGCCUCAGUUAACAACCAAGACAAUAUCUUCCACAGAUGUACAGUCAACCUGAUGUAGACAAUGUCUCAGUUGAAACCCUCUUUCCUGGCUAUUUGAGGUUGUGUAAGUACUAAUCGGCCUGCUCAUCUGGCAGCAAUCAGCAUGGUCCUGGGCCUGGUGAGAGGCUAGCUCCUUCCAUUAUGAGCUCAACUCCAACUACAUUGCCCGGUGGGGACAUGGAUUUGUAUGAAAGUACCCCUUCAGAGAUGGAAGGGGAGCCCAUCUAAGCCUCCCACUUCCAAUUUUGAACUUCCUGCUGGAUGAGCGCCAAUGGGUAGAUAGGCAACCCUCCCACUCACCCACCCCCCUUCAGAGUCAGUUUCAGAAUCUGCAGUCUUGUCUUACGGAAAUAAGUACAGGACUUGUUCUCGUUCAUUAGGCUGAGUUCAGGGCUGGUGGUGUAGCUCAGUGGUGAAACACUUGCCCAGUAUGUGUGAAGUCCUAGAUUCAAUUCCCAGCACAAACCAAAAAUAAAAUAAUGUCCAUUCAGUUUAGUGGAUUAAUUUAUCACCAAUUCAAAGAUGGCUUGUAGUUUAUGUCUCCCACCUAAACCUCUUUGGUAACCCAUAUAUUCAGUUAACAAAUUAAAGACAAAGUAUCCGUGUUUUCCGUGUUGAUGACCAGGACCCCCAUACUCAGUGGGAGCAUUCCGCCACCACCACCACCACCGCCACCCGCCACCCGCCACCGCCCGCAGUCUUUUCAGGUUUCUGUUCACUUUUCGAUUAUUUCUCCUGAGACAAUCUAGCUGCAGCCCAAGCUGGGGUCAUAAGCCGUCGCUACCACAUCCACGUUUUUAUUUAUGUUAGCUGUUUGAGUUGUCAUUCAUUUUUUACUUUAUUGUUUAUUCUUAUUUGAAGUCUUGGAGGUCGUGAGCACAAUAUGAAUUCAUAAACACCCUUUUACCAGGAAUUCUCUUGUUACAAAUCUAGUGGAUUUUUGUACUUGAAUCUUAACUGCUUUUAACAAAACAUUUUAUUUAGAACAAGUAGUCUGGUGGUGGUGGUGCACACCUUUAAUCCCAGCACUCAGGAGGCAGAGGCAGGUAGAGCUCUGUGAGUCCAAGGCCAGCCUGGUCUGUAGAGUGUGUUUCAGGACAGCCAGAGCUAUGUAGAGAGACCCUGCCUCAAAACAACAACAAAACCCAUACACAAGAUGAAUGUUGACUGUUCACACAACCUGAGCAGCAGAGACAGCUUUACAGCUAGGCCCUGCCCUGAGCGACACCAACUGCCAGGUGCUGUCCCCAGACUUCUCCAAUUGACUUAAUAGCCAUUCCCAGCCCUCUGAAGUGAGAGAGUGGCCAGGCCCCGCCCUACAGAAAAAAAAUCCCACCAAUCCCUGAGCUUGCCCCAAGAUCAACCCACAUAAUCCCUCCAAUUCUAGAUCAGCCUGGAAAGCUCCACCCCUCCCCAAGAAAGGCUUCCUCUCAAUUCUCUGCUGCUUCUCACCCGAGGAGAGGCAGCCACUCUCCUGGGUUUUUCCCUCCCAAUAAAUUUCUUGUGUGAGGUUUGUCUAUUCCCCGGCUCCCAGCUGCCAGGAUACCUUUCCCCUCGGAGCUGUAACAUUCAUAAUGACUCAGCAGGUAAAGGUACUUGCUGCUAAGCCUGAAGACCUGAGUUCUAUUCCAGAGACAUAUUGGGAGAACAGAAUCUGCACAUUGUCCUCUGACUUCUGUACAUUCACAUAAUGACUCCCAACAAACAAACAAACAAAUAAAUGAAAUAAGACAUUUUUAAAAUAACAUAUUUAAUGCUGGGGGUGUGGUUUGUGUGUGUGAGGGGGCUCAGUAGAGAGACUGCCAGAAUGGCCACUCCGUUAUUAGUUGGAAGGGGUUUUAUUGUGAAUGAGGGAGGGAGAAUAUCCAGAGGAAGAGUCCAGAGCAGAGAGAAAAAGAAGUAGAUUGGACAGGGCAGGGCUAAGGAAGCAGAGUGCAGAGAAGAGUGAAGAUAGCAAGAGAUAAUGCUUAUAGGUGGUGUGUGUGUGUGGGGUUGUCCUGGUGGGUAGAGACGGGACACUGAGGGAAUCCGGAGGCCGACAUGGACUUUGAUAUGCAACCAUAUGAAGAUCCAUGUGCCCCUUCUUCCAGAGGCAAGGGAAAUGACUCCUUUUGGGGGUGGAAAACCCAUUUCACAAGGUCCUAAGGAAUGCUGGCUUUUAUCUAAGUGCUGUAAGUCCUUCUGUAGUCUAGCUUGAGUUCAUUUCUCGACAUAUGGACCUCCUGAUCUGUUUGGUAAGGCACCUGUUUCGCACGCAUGAGGCGCAGGACAGCAAAACACUCCAGGUGUAGUCUUAGGAAUCCAGUUACUUUACAAAGUACACAUAAGGAGAAUGAGCAGACCCCUGCUGUAUCUCCCCCCCCCCCCAAAUGUCUGCUUUGUAGAAAUCAUGAGCAACUGAGUCACACAAUGUGCCUCAUGUAUUUAAAAGUGAAUUCAUUAUUUUCCCCACAAAUUUCGUUUUUUUAUUUUGCUCCCCAUAACGUAGGUACUGGGGGUUCUUGCAUCUUCAGUCCUCCCGCUGAUGUCAGGUUUGAACUGACUUUCACGGAAUGCAAUGCCCCUAGAAUUUAGUGUUCAUAAGACUGAUAUCCCAUCUGUUCUGAGCGAGUGACAAGCCAUCCACCUCUGUUCACUUGGUCACUUCCUAAUCCGAUUCCUCCCACGACUUGUAGCCACCACUUCAGAGACAGCCAAGGACCCAGCGUUGAGCUGAGAACAUUGUCUGCUUACUAUGAGCCUCACAACAGCUUCCCCCAAAUAACCUUGUUCACCCCGUAUAGACUGAAGGUGUUAAUAAGAUCGACACAGGGGCCGAGUGGCGGUGGCGCAGAGCCAGGUGAAUCUCUGUGAGUUCGAGGCCAGCCUGGGCUACUAAGUGAGUUCCAGGAAAGGCACAAAGCUACACAGAGAAAUCCUGCCUCGAAAAAACAAAACAAAACAAAAAGAUCGACACAGGACAUAAAGCUAGCAGAGAAGCCUUGAUUUAAACUCAAAUCAGCUUUAAUUCUCAAUUCAAUUAGCUUCUAUUGUCCCAGAAGAACAUGUGUUUUCAAAGUAAAUGAUUAUUAAGUUAAAUUAACUAAUUAGUUUUAGAAUAGUUAAAAGUUUGUGUGAACACAGGCCUAAACAAUGCUACUUGGCAAAAAUAAAACACCAUGAUGUGAGAGACAUGCAAAAUUUCAAAUUUUUAGUACUAUGUUGAAAAAGUAAAAAAAAAAAAAAGAAUUUAAAAACAAAAAGGUGUAGUCAAUGUUAAUGAAAUAUUUUAUGUGACCACAAUGUAUGUCAAAAAUAUUAGUAUAACCAACUAAUUAUUGUAUAAUCAACAAAAUUAUUGAGGUGUGAUAUUUUAUGGUCUUUUGAACUAAGUUUUUGAAGUCUGGUGUGUAUUUUAUACUCACUAGCAGCAAUCUCCAGCAAGACACUAACUUGUUUUGCAUAUAUAUGUAUUUGCAUGUGUGUGUGUGUGUGUGUGUGUGUGUGUGUGUGUGUACCCUGUGCAUGCAGUGUCCAUGGAAGCUAGAAGAGAACAUCUGAUCCUCUGGAGCUGGCUGGAGUUAUAGACUGUUGUGAGGUGCCAUGUGGGUUUGGAUUCUUGAACAUAGAGUUCAGGAAGGGACCAUGAGGUUCAAGAUGUAAACUUAAGAUCAGCAUAUAAAGAGGGAAUGUUCCAAGGAAGACGUGGAAAUGGCUACUGGUGCAAACCUAUAGCUCUUAUUUUUGAUUUCUAAAAUUGUUUUUAUUAUUUUUAUAUAAGCUAAAGACACCAGUACAAAGUACAUAGUCACGUCUUUGCUUAGCACACAUUACACCGCUUUCACUGCCCUGUCUUGGUGUCGUAUGUUCCUGUUAGCCUUUAUAUUUAAUGUGUCAGGUUUUCUUCAUUUCCUCCUAUAUAUUCUUUGUUAUUUAACUGAGUUAAUGUCAUGUCUUCCUAGCCAAUUCCAGACCUGCAGUCUCAGGCAGCUCUCAGUAGAAAGAUCCAAGGAAAAGGCCCCGAAACUUGCCAGCACUAAUCAAAACAUUGGCUCCAUCACCUUUCCUGGCUCCAUAAAACACAGAGCUGAUAAUAAAGCUUCUGAAAUGUGGCUGGGAAAAUCAGACAAAUGGUAUGUGGAGAAGCAUGGUGUGAGAAGUAAGUUCUCAGUAAACACCGAGGUUGAUCCUAUGACACAGCAACAUGCUUCUCCAACGCUCCAGUUGGAGGCACUUUGGGGGCUUUCCAGCCUCUUAGUUCAUCGGAUGCUCAGUGAAUGAAAGCUGUUCCUUUUUACACUCUGGAACUCUCACACUCACUUCCACCUCGACAGCCCUCUAGCCAUGGCCAAGCUCUUAUCUUUAAAGCUAGCAUUUUCUGUUUUCAGUACCCACUCCUUGUUUGCCUCAAAGAUAGACGUGUAGUAAGCAAAUGCUAAGCCAAGACCAAGUCCGAGAAGUCAAACCCUGUCCUCGAUCAGGCCUUAUUAGUUUCAUGAUUUUCCUCCAUCAAACGCUCCCGAGCUUCCACGUGUGCUCACAGAUCGAAUCCUCCCAACCCCUACCCCACCUGCACACCCCAUCCCCUCAGCGUUAUCUUCACCUGGCUCUUCCUCCUCCUGACACACACUUCCCACCCUGGUACCAAGGAUUAAACCUCUGGCCAUCACAUGAGGUAGGCCAUGCUCUGCCACGGAGCUGGUCCCCACCUUCUCUUUGUAUGUUCUGACUGGAAUUGCUUUUUUCCCUUGGUGUGGACACACCAUCCCCAGGAACUGUGCAUCUGGGACAAGGGGCACUUAAAACUCACUACAGUUGGUUCCUCCUUUUAAAAGUCAAAUUCAUUGAGGUGCAAAGUGAUUUAGUGUUCCUUAACAUCCCUUUCUCCAGAGCACAUACAGACUUUAAAAAAAAAAUAAAACACAACGAAACCAUGAUUUUUCUGUGGAGUGGCAGGUGCACAGCCGGAACCCAAGAGAAAAACUGACAGCAAACAUCUGCUUGAUGGGUACGGACCCUGUGGGCUCAUGUGCUAUUGGGAGAAUAAGACGGGGGUGCAAGUCACAGGAAAAAAAGGCUUAUUCUUACACAAGCACAGAGGAGCCAACAUGAGAAAAGACAGAAGCAUACUCCAUGAGUGAGAGGAGGGCCUGCCGAUCUGUCUGCCUGAGGUUGACUGGUACUCAGUCUCUCAGCAUCUUCGCCAGCCCAGCCUGUACCAGUGCCCUCCCAUGCGUCACACUUCUGCUUGUCCUGACUCCCUGUGAGGUUAAGUCUACACCUGGGGCUGUGAGUUUUACAAUUUUAAUGAGAUAAAUGUGCCUUAGUGAUUUUUUUAGGGUUCCACUAUUGUCUUAAACCAGCUGCCAGCUAAAUAUCUUAAAAUAUUAAAAUCUGUUUAAAUCUAUUGCUUAUGACGGCUUUUCUCACUUCCCUUCACCUCCCACGCUCCCCUAUUUCCUGCAAGCUUGUUGACCAUGUGGUGUUUGAAGAUGGAUUUGAACUCAUUUAUGUUCUCUUUGCCUUUCAUAACUUGCUGUUUCCCUCGGUUUGGAAGCUGCGUUGUCUCAUUAUGACCCAUGUUCCUUCAUUUUCUCAGGGUGAAAACCAGGCUCUGCUUCCCACUGCCGCCCAUCCACCUCCCUGCUACUCUGGGGAAACAUCCUUGUUUCUGGGGAAACAUCGCCAGUUUCCCCAGACUCAGAUGGACCCCAGCUGUUCUCAGGCCCCGGGCAACCCCUGCACCUGAUUUGGGGACAUCAGUGCUGCUGCGUGUAGAGAGAGCAAAGUGUACCUACCGGGUUUGUUUCUCAUGAGGCGCUGACCUGUUUAUUACAUCCUGUUUCCUAUAAAAUACAAGAAUGGUGAUAAAAUCCAGCAACUUGGAAAAACAAUCAAACCAACAUUAUGGCCACCACACCUACCAUUUUUUAAAAGGUUUAUUUAUUCAUGUGCUUUAUAUAUCUGAGUGCUCUGUCUUCAUACACACCAGAAGAAGGAAUCUGAUCCCAUUAUCAAUGAUUGUAAGGCAUCAUAUGGUUACUGGGAAUUAAACUCAGGACCUCUGGAAGAUUAGUCAAGUGCUCUUAACUGCUGAGCCAUCUCUCUACCCCCCCCCCACACACACACACCUACCUUUUUUAUACCAAUGUUUCAAUCUGCCUCUGCAGCUUUCUUGAUGACUAAAAUUAAAAUUUUCAGUUACAUUUUAUUUUCUCAGGGAGAGAAAGAGAACAUGAAUAUGCAGAAUCACAGUGUGUGUGUGUGUGUGUGUGUGUGUGUGUGUGUGUGUGUGUGUGUGUGUGUGUGUGUCAGAGGACAGCUUGAGAGAGCUCGUUUUCUCCUUCCACCAUGCUGGUCUUAGUGUUAAGCACCUUUACGGACUGAGCCCUCUUGCCAGCUCUGGGAUAGUCUUUUAACUCACAUCUUGCCCUAUCCCUGUUUCUUCUUCUUUUAAAGAUAUAUUUAAUUUUUAAAUCUAUAUGGGUACAUGCCCAAGUGUGCACAUAGCUGUGGAGGCCAGAGAUGUCAAAUCCCAGUGGAGCUGGAUGUAUAGGCGGCUGUGAGCUGCUUGACGUGGGUGCUGAGAUCCAAAUGCAGACCCUUGGCAGGAGCAGCAUGUGCUCCCGGCCAUGGAGCCCUCUCCGACCCCCACCAUCUCUCCUUGAAGAAGACCAACAUGCCUUCCCACUCUGUUAUGCCGGAGCUGGCGUUUUCUCGUCUCUCUCAGUUAAAUUGGUUUCAGCUGAACACACUUUAAAUCAACUACAGAAGAUACAGCUACUGUGCACACAGGAAGGGAAAUCAGUUCUGCAGUUUAAAGGGGGCUUAAAGAAUACCAACAACAGUGGAGCUGGCAGUGAAGUUCAAUGCGUAGCCUGCUUCCUCACCAUGCAUUGAGCGCUGGGUUCCAGCACCACACAAGCCAGACGUGGUGUGAGUGACAAGCCUAUAAUUCCAGCAGUCUGCAAUGGAAGCUCCAGGAACAGAAGUUCCAGGUCACCCUUGUUCAAGGUCACCCUUGGCCAGCCUGGCAUACAUGGGGCCCUGUCUCCAAGGAGGAGGGGAUGAUUGGUUGAACACCUGCUGGGCACCCAGCACUUCAUAAUACUGUGUUUUAACUGAAUGAACACACUUCCUCGCCUGAGCUCUGUUCUUUGCUGCGUUAUCAGUAGCUCACCUCCACCGGCAGCUCUGGGAUUGCUAGAAGCUACUAGGCACGUCUUGAUGCUUCUCCAGGAAGCCUACUUACGCUGGGUUCUAGCAACAGGCUCUCUCCAGAGAAGGCCUCUGCCCCAAGCAGAGGCCAGCUGGUGCCAUACUGUAAUGUCCCGUGUGCUGCCACAGCUUUUCCAGUUCCUGACACUGUGGACCCGCAAAGUGACGAAGCAGGGCUCUGUCGUCCCCCUGGACUGUGGUAUUCAUCUACAGAGCUGGACUAGAGACACAUUUGCAUAAUUUGGCAAAUGAGUGCUAUAGUUCAGUGUUUGGCUGUUUCCCUGGGAAACAGUGAAUUGCCUCUCUGGCGGCACCUCAGCCUCACACACCUUCUAAGAAUGCAUCACUGGCCGGGCGGUGGUGGCGCACACCUUUAAUCCCAGCACUCGAGAGGCAGAGCCAGGUGGAUGUCUGUGAGUUCGAGGCCAGCCUGGGCUACAGAGUGAGUUCCAGGAAAGGCACAAAGCUACACUGAGAAACCCUGUCUUGAAAAACAAAACAAAACAAAAAAAAGAAUGCAUCACCGAACCAAGCUGACAGUGCCUCUGUCUGUACUUCAGAGAACGUACCAUGCUUCUUUACUGCUCUUCCAAGCUGUCGCUUCAGUCACUGAGAACGUAAUCCUUCAGGCACUCCAAGGGACAAGAACUAAAGGAAAACCUGCUUUUCCAGAAGGCAGAGACCCUUCAUCAGGAUUGAAGGAUCACCCCCACCCCUCACCCCCCCUACCCCCACCCCCCAGCUAACUACGUCAAUGAAGUCCACAUCCCUGUUUCCUUCCAUUGUGUUUGAGGUGAGACAACAGAGCUAUUUGCAAGACCCAGGGAUCUUUAUUACAGCUAAAUGACCAUCUCCAACUUAUAUUUGCCACAGUAUAUAAACACAGCCAGCUGAGUGGAGAGCGGGCAGGAGGAGGGAGUACCAGCAGGAGGAGGGAGUACCAGCAGGAGGAGGAAGGAGGGAGCUUCACAGUGACCUGUGGCAGGUGCAGCAAUCCUUGGCUCCAGCUCCGCCAAGGCGCACAGAUGCUGUACAGGAUGGAACCGUGAGGUUGAGGCAGACAUUGCUCACAGGAUACAGAGGAUUUUCCUAGAAUAAAGGAGAGGAAGAAUCCAGGAAACAUGGCCACCAAGGGAAAGAGACAAGCCUUUCAUCUUGAAGUAUCACAGGCACAGAUGUACAAUGCUAAUCAAUAAGAAUGUUCGGUUGUUUAUCCCUUGCUGUUGAUUGAGACAAGACUCCUCCAUGGCAUUCCAAAUUCAUCAGAAUUCUACCAGUCAUCUUCAAUAUUUUUUAUUAAAUCACUGCUCUUUGUUAAAAAUGCA